CUAUACUCAAGAAGACAUGGUUCGCUGGGAGAACGUAAAGAUCCUCAACGAUGGCAGCCAUGUUCAUUUCCAAGAGUACUAUGUUCCAGCUUUCGAAAGCGUUCCCCCAAACUCUUUCUUCCACUAGAUCCUCCCGCUAAGUCUCACGAGUCUGCUUCACUACCACCGCCUCCAAACACCCUGAGUUUAUGGAGUUGGUUUUUAUGAAAUUUCAGGGCAGAAAUGCGUAUGAAGAAAGAAACCCAAAAGCCGACAUGGCCUACAGGUACAAGGAUACCUCAUCCGAUGAAGAAGCUGAGAUGACCUAUGUCCUGGAAGAUGCCUCCGAAGAUACCAUAGAAGGAGCAAAAGAACAAGCACGGGAAGCAAAGGAGAAAGCAGAGGAAUACGCACACAAAACCAAGGAGAAAACAAAAGAAACCGCGGAAUCGGAGGCUGAGAAAGCAAAAGAAGUAACAAACAGAACGGCGGAGACAGCCCAAAGAGCCAAAGAGAAAUCGAAACAAAAAGCUAAAGAGUAUGGAGACGACACCAAGGAGAUGGCACAAGAGGGAACACAGAAAGCAUCCAAGACAUCCAUAAGCGCAAAAGAGAAGGCCAAAGAAGGAACGGAGAAAGCUUCACAAACUGCAUACGAACCGAAGGAUAAAGGUAAAGAAAAAGCACACGGCGCGAAGGAGAAGACUGAGGAGAUUGCUGAUUCUAUGGCUAGUAAGGCAUCAGAGACGAUGCAAAGUGUGGGAGAGAAGGCAAAGCAGACGGUUCAGGGAGCUUGGAACGCUGCCAAGGGGACGACGCAAAAGAUCAAGGAGACUGUGGUUGGGAAGAGUGAGGAGGAAGUGGAGGUGAAAAGGAUGGAUGACAAUGUUGUGGAGUUGAGGAGGCGUACCGGCCGAAGAGACGAUGAUGAGAGGAAGUUUUGA